AUGCUAACCUACAAUUACAGAGAAGUCGACAGACUUGAAGCAGAAGUGCAGGAUUAUGAAAACUUCCUGGAGGAUCUACGAUUGAGUGCGGAAUCUCGAACAGCAGAAUGGGUUAAGAGCCUGAUGGACAAAUAUGGGUUAAAAGGGGAUCACAAAGAGCACAACCAAUUUUUGGCGGCAACCCCCCAAAAUGAGAUGGAAGCCGAUGAGCCAUCGCCAUUAUCAUCAAUCGGAUCUUUAGAAGCCAUCGAUCGAGUAGACGAGGACCCUAAUCGGUCGGAGCCUACUCGAACAACCGGGGUGGUGGGCAAGAGUUCUGAAAUAACGUGGAUGCAACGAGUUCAACAAGAAGCAGAACAACGAGCCCAAGGACAUCCGGGAAUAAUGGAAAGCCAUCAAGCUGACGAAGAGCAAAAAGAAGCAUUUUCUCUUCAUGCAUUGAAUUAUCACCUUGACGACCUUGAUAUCUCAGUUUCGGAACCUGUUCAGCUAUACGCACUGCCACCUCGACAACUAGCCGAUCGACUCUUUGACGAAUAUUUCACCAAUACACAUCCUUUCUUCCCUAUUCUCAGCAGACCCAUUUACCGUGUGCAAUAUCAAGCUUUUAUCGACGCUUCCUCGACGCCUAACUUCACCCGACCUGGCGACAAAUGGCUUGCCAUCUUGAACAUUAUAUUUGCCAUUGCGGCAAAACACGCACAUCUUACGAAUGCUCCAUGGUGUGGAGAAGAUAAUGAUCACUUGGUAUUUUUGACUAGAGCUCGACUUCUCAGCAUGAAUAGCGAUGUACUGUUCAGUCAUCCUGAUCUUCAACAAGUCCAGGUCGAGGGUUUGAUUGCGUUUUAUCUUCUUGCAUCUGACCAAAUUAACAGGGCAUGGAGAAUUUCUGCGCUGGCAGUACGGUCGGCAAUCACCCUUGGCAUCAACAUGAAAAUUACCAGCACCAAAACAUCCAGUGUCACCAAAGAGUCUCGGUACAGAGUAUGGUGGUGCCUAUAUAGUUUCGAACAUAUGCUUGGCAUCAUGACUGGCCGAUCGAUUUACAGCUUAGACGGAGGAUACGCCACACCCUUACCACUCCCAUUCGAAGAAGAGCAACUACAAGAGAAUCCAGCAGCUGCAGAAGUUCUCAACAACCCGACAUUACGAGAUGCAUUGAUAGGAAAUGUGAUGGCGAGUUCGUGGAUCCGACCGACCGAUGGCAAAGGCGAUUUCCACAGGACUCGACUUCGCGACCAAACGUGGCUUAAGAAUCUUCCCAUCAAUUUCGGACUCUGCUAUCUCUACCAUAGCGACUUGACGGUUGUCACCCAGGAAAUUCUCAACAAAGUAUACACCACCACUGCUGUUUUACUUCCAUGGUCAGAUAUUGAGAACCGACUCGAGGACUUGAGAUUCCGUAUCGAUUUAUGGAAAUCAAGUCUACCUAUCUCUCUCGAUUUUAUGCAAGAAAAGAAUGACGAUAGCCGAGAUCAGCUUCGAUGUAAACUUUUUCUCGCAUUCCAUUACUACAGUGCUCGGAUUACAUUGGGAAGACCGUGUCUCUGUCGACGAGAUGCAGGACAAAGCAAUGCGCCACAGACAUUCAGCCACACAAUGGCUCUUGUUGCGUUAGGGUCAGCUAACGGCAUGCUCGACUUGAUUCCCGACAAACCGGAUGUUGUCCAGCUUUACCAAGUUUGUCCAUGGUGGAGCGUACUUCGGUACCUAAUGCAAGCGGCAACCGUCAUUCUUCUUGAGCUCUCAUUUGGCUGCGUUCAUAGUCCAGAAGAGGAAAAGAAAUUCGUCUCACUCUCAAAGAAAUCCAUUCGUUGGUUCUUCGCCAUGUCAGAACGUAGUAUUGGUUGUCGUCGCGCGUGGCAAAUUUGCGACUCUAGUUUUCGCAAUCUUGCUACUGGCAUGAAAUAUAAUACUGAUGAUCUUCCUGGUCAACCGAAUCAGCAGGAACGUACAACUACUGAUGCUAUGCCUCAGUAUAACGCUGAGUCGAGUCAGAACGUGCCUUCUGGAGACUACUUUACUCAACCAACGGAGGAUCUUCAUCUAUUUGAUUCUGUUCAAGUUCCUGAGGCAUCGGAUUUCUUGCCGAGCUAUUUUAAUCUCUCGACGCCUGAUCUCAUGUCAACGACAAAUGGUCAUACUGAUAUGACCGAUGAUUCAUAUUUCCCCUACGACCCUCUCAGCGGCGAGUUUAUAAGAUCUUUCUUUCCUUCAUCGGAGGAAGAGAGCAAGAGCUAA